AGGACAACGUGUUGACGUCACGGCCUUACGUGGCGCUGCUGUGCUGCUGUGUAGGAAUGUGCGGAAACUUGCUCGACUCUACUUUUGUCUACGAUCGUCGUCGAGGAGAAGUAGAAGAAAAGCGAGCAAAAGCUGACGAAAAGUUGGUGGAACUUGGUAACGGAGAGUCGCUUUUUGCCUGGUUGUGAAGGUGACAAACUCAAGAUGGCUGCCCAAACGGCAUUUUCAGUGGAGAUGUUUCCUGUGGGUGUGCCUCUGAUGGAGGGUAGUCCAAAUAUCAGUGACAUGCCAAAGGACACUCUCCCUGCCCCACAGCUUGUGAUGCUGGCCAACGUGGCAGCAGUGACUGCGGUUGGGGAGACAGGCGGCUGUGAUGGUAGCACAGCUGAUGAAAAGGAGAUGAUGGAGCUGAAGACGGUGUCCAGCAGCUACUCAGACAGUGAAGAUGAGGGUGUCAUCAGAUACAGUUAUGACAACCAGAACAAUGUGGAGGUCUGCAUUGUAGAGUAUCCUGAGUCACCAGGUCCCACCAACACUGUGGCUGGUAAUGGUCAAAAUGUGGCGAAUGCAGACGACAACAAUAUUGACAAAGCUGAGGAUCUAUCUCACCGCCCUCAGUCUAACCCCUCCACUAAAUUACCUCAGCAUGAGGAUGUGCAGAGCAAGGAAAGUGCCCCUGUGGCAGUAGAGAGCAUCAAGAAGAAGAAACCGUUUCACUGUAAACCAUGUCACUUCCAAGCACAAAGUGAAGAAGAGUUCGUAAAACACCUCGGCACCCACAGUGCUAGCAAGUUGAUGGUUGUAAACCGUGUGGAGGGGCGGAGCAAAACCAGGAGCAGUGGGGCGCAGACACCUGAGGACCACCCACCAUCAGGAGAGGAGACCGGCAGCGGCGCUGAGAGUGGAUCAGGGACCACAGCAGGGGACAUCAAAGGGCUGAUCAGGUGUGAGAGAUGUGGCUACAACACCAACAGAUAUGAUCAUUACAUCGCUCACCUGAAGCAUCACAGCAAAGAAGGAGAAGAUCACAGGGUCUUCAAGUGCACGUUGUGUCCUUACACAACAGUGAGUCAAUAUCACUGGAGGAAACACCUGAGGAAUCAUUUCCCCAGUAAACUCCACACCUGCUCUCAGUGUUCCUACUUCUCUGACAGAAAGAGCAACUACAUCCAGCACAUCCGCACACACACAGGUGUGCGUCCCUUCCAGUGUUUAUAUUGUGACUAUUCCAGUGCACAGAAGACACAUUUGACCCGCCAUAUGAGGACACACUCGGGUGAGCGUCCCUUUAAAUGUGAGAGCUGUAACUACUUGGCGGCCAAUCAGCAUGAGGUGACCCGCCAUGCUCGGCAAGUCCACAACGGGCCGAAACCGCUGUCGUGCCCCUACUGUGACUACAAGACGGCAGAUCGCAGCAACUUCAAAAAGCACGUAGAACUCCACCUCAACCCCCGCCAGUUCCUCUGCCCCCUCUGCAAAUAUGCCGCUUCCAAGAAGUGCAACCUGAAGUAUCACAUUAAGUCCAGGCACGCUGGAUGUGACGUCUCUGUGGAUGUCUCCAACGUCAAGUUGCGUGUUAAAAAAACAGAGCCUGGAGGUUUAGAGGAAAACGCCAAUACCAAAACAAACAAACACGACAGUUCGUCCUGUGUGGAGGAGGACUUUGAUGAUGACGAUGUAGAGGAGGAGGAUGAAGAGGAGGAGAUGGUCUCAGAGUCAAUUCCUAUCAAUCUUUCAAUUAGAAAGAGCAGUAGGUCAAGUGUCAGCCAACCAAGCGAAAUGCCAGAAAAGUCCAGUAAGAAAGCCAAGGUGUGUCCAGAGAAAGAUAAAGCCCCCAAACCCAAAGAUAAAGUAGAACCAGAGAAGAAAGUCUCAACAAGACAGAAGAAGACAGAGAAUCGUGGCGAAUGUGUUGCUGUAGCAACUGGAACCCAGGCAGAAACUGCAACUGCCAUCAGGAGGAGAUUUAAGAAAUCUUUAGUUGUCCAUGAGCAAGAGGCUGUAGCCCUGGAUGUGCAAGACCAACCAGAGACCAAGACAGAGAAACCAGACCAGGCAAGAGCCAAGGAUGAAAGGACCUCCAGGCAGAAGAAAGAAGAGCAGAAGGCAAAGCCUCAGAAGGACAAAGAACAAAAGAAUGACAACAGCGGGAAAGAGAACAAAAGUGUAAACAAGAGUAGAAGGUCUGGAUCAAAGAAAUCUGAGACAAUUCCUGACACUGUAGAAGAAACUCAGCAGAAACCAGAAGCUCAGGAGAAAGUUCAGAAGGAAAAGACUGUGAAAGACAGAGCAGGAAAAAGAAAAAUAUCAGAGGUUCUGGAUUUGUCCAGCAAGAGUUCACCUGAGGCUGUGGUCAAGCCCAAACGACUGAAAACUGCCACCACCACAAAGAAGGUUGUACCAGAACCUGCUUCAGGAGCGAGUACUACAGUCAAAACCUUCAACCCGAUGCAAAAAGCCACUGAGACGGUGGUAACAUGUCUGGAGAAGAAAGAAAAACCUGACAACAAACAGACAUGUCUUCAACACAAAGACAUCGUCUGCAGCAGAACAUCGCAGGUUCCAGAAGCUUCAACUCACAAGGAUGAUCAGCUAGACACUGAGAUGUGUGAGCAUCCACCUACACCCACACAAAGCCCUCAAGUGUCUGAAAAUCUCUCAGAAAAGAUGGAGACUCCACCCACCUGUUCAUCCUCAGGUGAGGACACGCCUACUCCAACUAAAGACUGUACCGCUCCAACGUUCCUCAAACCCACUUCACCCCCGCCUCUGCUGAUUCCGAGCCAGCGAAACAAACCUGCAGACCCAGAGGAUGAUGAGGGAAUACACAGCAGCCAUGAGGGAGGAAGUGACAUCAGUGACAGCGCCUCUGAGGGCAGCGAUGACUCAGGCCUCAAUGGGGCCAGAUCAGGUAAGAUGGCCAACGACCCUGAGACCCCCACAGAGGAGAUCCCAACACCAACGGAGCUGAAGGGUCACCUGUGCAUCUUCUGCGAUCGCACUUUUCCAAUGGAGGUGGCAUAUCGCCGCCACCUGAACCGUCACCUGGUUAACGUUUACUACAUUAACAACAGUGCCAACGCCCAAAAGUGAGAGAGAUCUAAAACGUCAGCAAGAACCUUUUGUGUUUCUUUUUUUUAUUAUUAUUAUUUGUUAUUUCUGUUGCUUUGUGACCUCUAGUUUCAAAUGACUCCCUUUUUAUCCUACACUUCACCAGUUUAGUAUCAGUGUCAAAGGCUAGGUGCUUGUUUCAGUUGUUUGUAUUAUGAAUCAAAUUACACACUGAUGUAGAAUUCCUUUCUUAAGGUAAAAUAGGAUCAUCACACUGUUCAUUGUAGAUAAUAGGUUUAUAAACUCUUGAGUGGUGACAUUGACAGGCAUUAAAAACAUGAUAUCAAAUGUUUACCUAAAAUAUUCAUUGUCUUGUGGCGCCCCCUGUUGUUUGGUCUUUUGAUUUGUUUUUGUACAUAGUGAUAUAUAUAUACAUGUCCCGUUUUGACAUUUUGUUGUUAAUUCUUCUGUCAUUGUGGCACUACAUAGGUUAGAACUACAGCUACAGUGAAGUCAAUGUGCCCUUUCUUUUUCUUUAUAAAGCGUCAGUGCCUUUGACAAUCAAGUCAACCAUGUUGGUGGGGCAUUUUUUAAGUUCUACCUGCUGUGUUAUGAUUCAAAAUUUUAGCUCUGUAGCUCUGUAAAAACUGUAUUAUUGUGCAAUAGUGGAUGCCAAAGUGAUGUCUUUGAGAAGAGAAGAACAUUGGAAAAACAUCAGAUUUACUGCCAGUGAUGAGAAAGUGAUGCUUUUGUGUGACUGUUGUUUCAAGCAGCUGAUCUAUUCAUUGAUCAGUCAUCAACUGAUGAAAUGAUUGGUUUCCUGCCUCGUGCCUACUACUCUCUACUGUCAAAGAAUAACAAAAUCCUUUUCUUUUCCAUGACAAACUGUGUGUUUAUCACUUUCUAGUAAAAAAAAAGUAAAAUCUUAUCAGACUUUAGAAAAUUAAGGUUCAGAAUUCUUCAAACAAUUCUUCAAUGUUGUACUGAACUAACGUUUUGUAAACAGACUUGUUUUUCUGGUGUUUGGUUUUCAAACUGUAUUAGUCAAAAAUAAUUUUCACAAAUACACAAUAUUUCAAAAUU